GAAACAACACUUCACGCAUUUCACUUGUACAAAUUACAUCGUAACCUUUGUUCAAUUGUUCUCCAAGGUUUCAAUCCCUCUUUCUCUCCUGUCCAACCAAAGAUCGUCAAUUUCCCCCCAGACAUGGUGAGAGCUUUUCCGUCGUGUGGCUGGAUCGCGGCGGCGGCGGUGGUGCUGAUGUGGAUCGCCGGAGGGGCCCACGGGAUCAGAUUCGUGAUUGACAGAGAGGAGUGCUUCUCGCACAAGGUGGCGUUGGGGGACACUGUUCAUUUUUCUUUUGUUGUGAUCAAGUCCGAGAAGUCCUGGAAUUACGUGGAAGAUGGGGUUGAUCUUGUGGUGAAGGGACCAACGGGAGAGCAAAUUCACGAUAUGCGCGAAAAGAUAAGCGAAAAGGCAGAGUUUGUGGCUCACCAGGAAGGAGUUCACCGCUUCUGUUUCACUAACAAGUCCCCGUAUCACGAAACCAUAGACUUUGAUGUCCAUUCUGGUCAUUUCAUGUUCCACGAUGAACAUGCGAAAGAUGAACAUUUCAAGCCUUUGUUUGAACACAUUGGCAAGCUAGAAGAAGCUUUAUAUAAUAUUCAGUUUGAGCAGCAUUGGCUAGAGGCUCAGACCGACCGACAAGCUAUAGUGAAUGAAGGCAUGAGCAAGAGGGCACUUCACAAGGCUUUAUACGAGUCUGCAGCUCUUAUCGGCGCUAGUUUUUUACAAGUUUUUCUCCUAAAGCGUUUGUUUGAACGGAAGCUUGGCCAGUCGCGAGUUUAAUCUCUUGGCCAGGGAUGUUCAUAGUUGCAGAAAGAAGAAACUUCAGGUUUAAGGAAUUGUUUCUGAUAUUAAAAGAACAUUUUUUUCCCUUCUGAGGAUUCUAUAUGUUUUUACAAACCUUAUGGAUUUAUUGUAGCAUUUCCUUAUUCCUUAUAUGAACUUCUUUAUUAUCUCUUAGUUUUCGAUUCGUUUUUGUAGUGUAUGGUCGACAAUUCAUUGGUUCACACUUCAUACCAUAGCCAAGAAGGUCAAUGUAGUAGUCACAUCUCCCUAACAUUAUUUUAUUUUCCUACACAACGGUUAAUAAGAGGUUUUCGUGUAAAACUCAAAUCAAACAAGUAAAAUUGUACAAAGGGAGUCAUAUCCAACACAAAGGGAGAAGCAAAUGGAGUCAUAUCCAACACAAAGGGAGAAGCAAAUGGAAUAAGUUGAAAAAAUCAAACAGGACAAAGGGA